AUGUCUGAUCCGGCAGGCAGUCAUCGCAACCAGUCGCCUUCGGCAUCGACCUUUUUGUCGACAUUGGUUCCUGUCCUUGUCAUUUCGUCGGUCGUGCUCACAGUAUUUCUGAUCUUCCGUCCGAAAUACAAGAGAGUUUACGAGCCGCGUACUUAUCUGCCGCUCCUCAGGAAAUACGAGUACACCCCACAACCAUCUGACUCGAGGUUCGGAUGGAUUACAAACUUCCGUGGUCUCAACGAUGAUCACGUCUUGAUGCACUCUUCCUUGGACAACUACCUCUUUUUGCGUCUUUUCAAGAUUCUCUUCGUUAUCUCUUUUGUUGGUGCAGUCAUCACUUGGCCCAUCCUUUUCCCUGUCAACGCCACUGGUGGUGCUGGAAACACACAGUUCAAUAUUCUGUCGUUCAGCAAUGUGGCAAUUCCUAGCCACACCAACUACUACUAUGCGCCCGCCAUCCUUGCCUGGGUCUUUGUUGCAUUCGUCAUGAUUGUGAUCACCCGCGAGAUCAUCUACUUUAUCAGCCUCCGCCAAUCCAUCAUCACCUCGGUAGCUUACAGCAGUCGUCUGUCGGCCAGAACUGUCAUGUUUACCAAUGUCGCUGAGGAGUACCGCAAGGAAAGCGCCUUGCGUGAGCUUUUCAAUGGUGUUUCUCGCGUCUGGAUCCAGCCUAACACCAAGAAGCUCGACGAUGUUGUUGGCGAGAGAGACUCAGCCGUGACUAAGCUUGAAGCUGCUGAAAACAAGCUCGUCCAGAAGUUCGUCAAGACUCACAAGAAGGCCGAGAAGAAGGGAAAAGAGGACAAGUCCACCAUUGACCGUGAGAGCGGUCGUGUCGAAGUCGACCCCAAGAUCCGUCCCACCCACCGUCUCGGAAAGAUUCCUCUCAUCGGCAAGAAGGUUGAUACCAUCGAUUGGGCUCGUCCUGAGAUUGUACGCUUGAACAAGCAGGUCACCGAAGAGAUCGACAACGCCCACAGCGCCGAAAAGAUCCCCGCCGUCUUCAUCCAAUUCGAGACCCUUGAGUACGCUCAGGCUGCUCACCGUCAAAUGUCUGGAACCAUGCAGAAGAUCAAGGGAGCCAAGCUCACACCCAAGGUCGUCGGCGUUGAGCCUCAAGACGUUAUCUGGUCCAACUUGAACAAGAAGAACAUGGUCACUCGCGGGAUCUUGAUUGCAUCGACCAUCUUUGUCAUCGUCAUGAUUGUGUUCUGGGCCAUUCCUGUUGCUUUUGUCGGUGCCAUCUCCAACGUCAAGACUCUCGAGACCAUUCAAGGCUUGACCUGGAUCAGCAAGAUCCCCGACGUCAUUCUUGGUGUUGUCACUGGUCUUUUGCCCUCAGUCAUGCUUGCUGUUCUCAUGGCUCUGGUCCCCAUCGUCUUGAGAUUGCUUGCCGGCUUGUUCGAACCCACUAGAUCUGCAGUCGAACUGAGAGUUCAGGCUUGGUACUUCUCUUUCCAGGUCGUCGAUGUUUUCCUCGUCACCACUUUCUCUUCUGGAGCUGCUGCUGUCGCAAAGACGAUUGUCAACAACCCUGGUUCUGCACCUACUUUGCUCGCUAGCAACCUUCCCACAGCAUCCAACUUCUACACUGCUUACUUCGUUGUAACCAUGAUGAAUCAAGCUGCUAUGCUCGUUCUUAACAUUGCUCCGCUGUUGUUCAUCGCUUUCCUUGGCAAGAUCCUGGACUCGACACCUCGCAAGGUCUACAACCGCUACAUCAACUUGAUCGGUCUUGGCUGGGGCUCAGUCCUCCCUGCCAACGCGAUGCUCGGAGUCAUUGCCAUUGCUUAUUCUUGCAUUGCCCCACUGCUUCUUGGGUUCGCAACUAUUGGAUUUGGUCUUCUGUACCUCGCCUACCGUUACCAACUUCUUUAUGUGGUCGGCAACCACUCGAUCGACAUGAAGGGUCGCGCUUACGCCCGUGCUCUUCAGCAGAUUACAGUCGGUGUGUAUCUUCUCGAGUUUUGUUUGAUCGGUCUCUUCGCCAUCGGUAUCGCCUCAGACAGAGCUGCGAUUGGUCCUCUGAUCAUCACCAUCAUCCUCGCUGUUUUCACAGUUGUCUACCAUGCUAUCAUGAGCAAGACUCUCGGCCCCAUUGUUGAUGGUCUUGAGUUGAUGCCCGGAACCGAGGCCAGUAGCACAGGAUACUCUGCCGCGGAGAAGAUCGAGGAGGGCAAGCCCAGCACCCACAGCAACCGCGAAACCUCGCCCACACUUGCCGGAUCUACCGCUCCCUCUGAGCCCAAGAAGUCAGGCAUCAAGGGCAAGCUCCAGCACUUCUUCUUCACCUCGCGCUUUGCCAACAAGUGGCUUACUGUGCGCAAGGAGCUUGCUUCCCACUUCGAUGAGCCUACCCGUCCUUACACCAACGAGGAGCUUGAGCUCGCUUUCCAGCCUCAAAGCUUGGCCAAUGAGCAACAGAUCGUCUGGAUCGCUCGUGAUGAGUAUGGUCUUGCUUCGCAGGAAGUUGCUGGAUGCAAGGAGUUCGAGAUUCCUGCUACCGAUGAGGAGGCUACUUUGGACGAGAAGGCCAAGGUGCAGUGGAGUCAGGAGAGAAUCCGCGAGGCUCCUAUCUUUGAGGAGGAGGUUCCUUACUAA